AUGAAGACAGUAGUGAGGAGCUCGACACUACAGGUCCGUCAGGGGGUUGCCAUGGGAACAGGCAAUUAUGAUGACGAAGACAACGACGAACAUACCACGGAGUCGGAAUGUUACUUCGAAGAAAAACCGUCUGAACUGCAGGCUUCACUGAAGAGGUGUCCAAGUUCAGACUCACUCUUCAACAAAGGAACCAGCCUAGCCUACCAACCCUGGAACGUCUACGGCCCGUCCACGUACGGUUAUGGACCAUAUAUGCAGAAGAAGAAGGAAGGAUGGGACACACUCACCAUUCUGCUGGCGAUUUUCUCUACCCUGGCGUUUGUGACGUUGUGUAUCGCCAUAGCUUUGUUUUGGAUCAAAGUGGUACCAGCUUUAGACCGGGGCCCUGUACCAGAAUGGCUCAGACAGAGGUACUCCUUCGCUGACCUGGAGAACUGGUGGAGACUGGGACUACUGGACCACAUACAGCCUCCCGCGGCCACACCGACACCAACACCCACUCCUGAACUCAUGGUAACCGAGUACUGUGGCAACAACGCCCUUAGCGCCUUGGACCACGGAGAGUAUAGCUGUACAGAGAUAGAAUACUACCGCAUCUCCGUUAGUCUCUGCAUCGCCAAAUGUGAAGUCGGCUACAAGACCGACGAUCCGGGACUCAUAUUCUGCGACCGCGGCCGAUGGGCGCCGAUCGCGCCCGAAGUGGUCUCGACAUUAAUCGGAAUCGGCCGAGCCAUAGACGCCAUGCCAAGAGACGACGCCCGAGUCUUCGAAGAACUUGGCAUCGCCGACGAUAUAUACGUCGACGUCAUCGCCAACGUGCUGACGAAGCUUGACGUCGCCGGCACAAUCUCACCCUCCAUGAUACGCUGGUACCUCCAGCCGUUCUCUAGCGGGAAUAUCAUCGGGGAUCCCUACAUUGUACGGCAGGGGCUGAAUCUGAUCGGCCGGGACACCAUUCAACGGAUUUCCACUUUGGAUUUCUUAGAAGUACUGUCGGAACUUGAAACCAAUGGAGCAUCCAGGAGACCAACAUGUAGAAUGGUCGAUUGUGCAACAGAGUCAGGACUACCGGAGGUUGAAAGCAAUGGCCACAUCGACUACACGGUGACCACGUACCAGGCUCAAGUUGCUGUUGUCUGUGAUCGCGGGUUCAUCCCUCGGUCACCCACUCUGGAGUGUCUAGCUGACGGCAGCUGGGACCAGAUAGCUGCAUGUGAACCCGUACGAUGCGACGAGCCUGACACUGUUCCAAAUGGCUGGUACACAUGUGAGGGGUACAACUUUCCCGACAAGUGUGACAUCAACUGUGAGCAGGGGUUCCACCCCACUGGGGAGGAGGACACCUUGGGGUGCGGUUGGACCGGGAACUGGACUGUAGUUUCGACCGCAGAGUCAGAAAGUGGUCUCAUAGCAGAUCAUAUAAAUCCAGGAGGCCUGUCCUGUACCAUUGCGGACUGUAGUGUCAUUUCGGUGCCUAGCAAUGGGCAAGUGAAUUGCUCAGGAACAACAUAUGAAGAACAUUGCGAUUUGACUUGUGAUGAAGGCUAUAAAGCACCUCAAUAUGGAACAGAUUUCCACUGCACUGACGACGGAACAUGGAGUGGCGUUCCAACGUGUAGACCAGUGGAUUGUGGACAGCCUCCGUGGUUUCCACAUACCUCAGUGCACUGUGAUGACGGCUUCCAGUACCCAAGUACCUGCAACGUCACCUGUGGUGCCGGUUACCAAAGAACCGCUGCAGAAAACCCGGUUUGUGGAAAGGACGCAAGGUGGAGUUUUAUCACAGCAGGAAAUAUGACUGAAGACCUGAACGACAAUAGAAACCAAGCAGACCUGUUUUGCGAGAGAAUUGAAUGUGAAGUGCCACAGGCUCCACAGAACGGUAGCAUCAAUUGUACGGGGUCAAAGUACCAGGACUACUGCCUGUUACGCUGUGACCCUGGGUAUAAGAACGCCGACGACAGCUCUACUAUUCUCCACUCCCUACACAAGUACACGUGCAUGGCUGAUGGCAACUGGAGCGAACAGCCAAGGUGCAUACCGUCCGACUACUGCCGCUUGGGACGUCAUAACUGUCACACAGAGCACGGUGUUUGUGACGUCACGGGCCAUCAGACGUACAGCUGCAGAUGUAGAGGAGGAACCUUCGGGGACGGAAUAAACUGCGAGCGGCUCAUGUGUCCGCCAUUACCCGUUGCCACACCGCCCAACGGAUUCUUCACGUGUGCAAGACAGGAGACAACUGUAGUGGAUACCGUCUCACAACCAAGCUUAAGCAUUUGCUCCACUGCAAACGAGACUUCAGUUGAGGAGGAACAGGAGUACGAAGUGUCGUGCGUCCUGCACUGUUCCCAGGGGUUCAGACAGAACCUGUUUGUGGAGUACUGGUGCAGUAGCGAUGGCAACUGGACCAUACCUCACGACUUGAACAGCACGGAAACAGAUAUCUGUGAAGAUAUGGACGAGUGCAGCAACAACAAUGGCGGUUGUAACCACACCUGUGUGAACACAGCAGGGAGCUACCACUGCACCUGUAGGACUGGAUAUCAGCUAUCAGGAACACAUGACUGCAUUGAUGUUGACGAAUGUGCCAGUUUGAAUGGAGGCUGUGAUCACAACUGUGUGAAUACAGAAGGGAGCUUCUACUGCACCUGCCAUUCAGGGUACCAGCUUUCUGGUACAACCACCUGCAAUGAUAUUAACGAGUGUGACAACAACAAUGGCGGCUGUGACCACAACUGCACGAAUACAGCAGGCGGUUACCACUGUACCUGUAGAGAUGGCUAUCAACUGUCUGGCUCGCAUAACUGCACUGACAUAGACGAAUGCACCAUGGGGUAUGAUGGCUGUGACCACAACUGUGUGAAUACUGUAGGAAGCUAUUACUGCACCUGUUCACCAGGGUAUGAGCUUUCUGGGACAACAGACUGCAUUGAUAUCAACGAAUGCAGCAGCGGCAAUGGCGGCUGUGCACACAACUGUACGAAUACAGCAGGAGGGUACUACUGUACCUGUAGGUCUGGAUUUCAGCUGUCGGGGACACAUGACUGCGAUGACAUAGAUGAGUGUACAAUAGGGAAUGGAGGCUGUGAUCACAACUGUGUGAAUACAGAAGGAAGCUUUCACUGCACCUGCCGGUUGGGAUACCAGCUUUUGGAUACAGCAAGCUGCAUCGAUGUCAACGAAUGUCUCAACAACAAUGGAGGCUGUGGGCACGUCUGUACGAAUUCAAUUGGCAGCUACCUUUGUUCGUGUAGUAGUGGCUACCAGCUAUCAGGCAUACACGAUUGCAUAGAUGUGGAUGAAUGUGGCAUCCUGAAUGGUGGCUGUGAUCACAACUGUACGAAUACAGAAGGAAGCUUUCACUGUUUCUGCAGGACAGGAUACCAACUUUCUGGGAGAAGCUGCAACGAAAUCAACGAGUGUAACGAUAACAAUGGCGGCUGUAACCACAAAUGUGUGAACACGGCAGGGAGUUACCACUGUACCUGCAGAAGUGGUUACUAUCUGUCUGACGGACACAACUGCAUUGAUGUAGACGAAUGUUCCACCCUGAACGGCGGCUGUGCCAUCUUCUGUACCAAUACGGUAGGGAGCUAUAGCUGCUCCUGUGGUGCAGGAUACCUCAUCUCUGGGACAAGUUGCAAUGAUAUCAAUGAGUGUGACAAUAACAAUGGGGGCUGUGACCACACCUGUGUGAACACAGUAGGAAGUUAUCACUGCACCUGUAGAAGCGGGUAUCACCUGUCUGGAACACACAACUGUGUCGAUACGAACGAAUGUGCUAGCCUGAAUGGCGGCUGUGACCACACCUGUACAAAUACAGAAGGGGGCUAUCAAUGUUCUUGUAGGAGCGGCUUUCAACUGUCCGGAACACAUGACUGUAGAGAUAUAAACGAAUGCGCCAGUCUGAGUGGAGGCUGUGAUCACAACUGUGUGAAUACAGAAGGAAGCUUUCGCUGCACCUGCCGGUCAGGGUACCAACUUUCUGGGACAACUAGCUGCAAUGAAAUCAACGAAUGUAACAGCAACAAUGGCGGCUGUAACCACAACUGCGUGAACACACCAGGAAGUUAUCACUGCACCUGUAAUAGUGGCUAUCAUCUGUCUGGAACACACAACUGUAUAGACACGAACGAAUGUUCCAGUCAUAAUGGUGGAUGUCAACACAACUGUGUGAACACAGCAGGCAGUUUUCACUGCACUUGCUGGCCAGGGUACGAACUUUCCGGGACAACUAUCUGCAAUGAGAGAGAGAAAACAAUAUCAUUGCACCUGUAG